UUGUUUGCUGAUCCAACAGCCGACUCUGCGAAAUUCCGUUUGCUAUUUUCUUUUCGCUUUUUGAUCGAGAGACGGAAAAUGUACCGCUUGGCGGCAUUUCUGCUCCAGUGCCUGGCACUGGCUUCCGCCGGUGUUUAUCCCAACUACCACGCCGACUUCGUGGACGGAGAUGUGGAAAUUGAGAUGCGCCAACAGCAAAUGAAAUGGUGGCAGGCUGGAACAUUCUAUCAAAUCUAUCCAAGGUCGUUUAAAGACAGCAAUGGCGAUGGCGUGGGCGAUCUAAAUGGCAUUACUGCGAGUCUCCCGUACCUCAAGGAGCUGGGCAUCACAGCCACUUGGCUCUCGCCCAUAUUUACAUCGCCUAUGGCAGAUUUUGGCUAUGAUAUUGCCAACUUUACCGAAAUCGCGCCCAUCUUUGGCACCAUGGCGGACUUUGAGCAACUGAUGCGAGCUGCCAAUGAGCAGAACAUCAAAAUCAUUUUGGAUUUUGUGCCCAAUCAUUCGAGCGAUGAGUGCGAGUGGUUCAAGCGCUCGGCAGCCGGUGAGGAAAAAUACAAGGACUAUUAUGUUUGGCAUCCGGGACAUCUAGUAAAUGGCACACGGCAGCCGCCCAGCAAUUGGAUCAGCGUGUUUCGAGGCUCCGCCUGGCAAUGGCACGAAGGUCGCAAGGAGUAUUAUCUUCAUCAGUUUGUUAAAAAGCAGCCCGACUUGAAUUAUCGCAACCCCAAAGUCCGAGAAGCGAUGCAGAAUGUGCUGCGCUUUUGGCUGGCAAAGGGCGUGGCUGGCUUUCGGAUCGAUGCUGUGCCGCACGUCUUUGAGUUAGCCCCGAAUUCUGAAGGCCAAUAUAAAGACGAGCCGCGCAACGAUUGGGUCCAUGAUCCCGAUGACUACGGUUAUCUCCAGCACAUUUACACUGUCGAUCAGCCAGAGACCAUUGCUCUGGUCUACGAGUGGCGAGCUGUGCUCGAUGAGUAUCAACGUCAGCAUGGCGGUGAUGAGCGCAUAUUACUCGCUGAGACCUAUUCACCCAUCGAUAUAGUGAUGAAGUACUAUGGAAACGGAACGGCGGAGGGUGCACAGCUGCCAUUCAACUUUCUGCUGAUUAGCGAGCUGACAAAUGCAUCGAACGCAGAGGCAUAUGCGCAAACGGUGCGCAAAUGGCUGGAUCAUAUGCCAGAGGGGCGCACAGCUAAUUGGGUGCUGGGCAACCAUGACAAGCCCCGCGUUGCCUCUCGUUUGGGCACGGAUCGCGUGGACAUGCUUAAUAUGCUGACGGCCACUUUGCCAGGCGCCAGCGUUACCUAUCAGGGGGAAGAGCUGGGCAUGACUGAUGUGUGGAUCUCUUGGAAUGACACUGUCGACCCAUCGGCCUGCAACACUAAUCCCAAUAUCUAUGAACAGUACACACGUGAUCCGGAACGCACACCUUUUCAGUGGAGUGCUGACGAGGAUGCUGGCUUUAGCAAUGCCAGCAAGACUUGGUUGCCUAUCGCCAAGGACUACAGAGAGGUCAAUGUGGUUGAACAACGCAAGGAUCCUCAGAGUCAUCUCAAUAUCUACAAGCAGCUAAUACAGCUGCGCCACAACGCUAGUACUUUGCAACUAGGAGCCACCGAGGUAAAGGCUCUCAGCGGUGCAGUCCUAGCUGUGAAGAGAUCCCUGUUGCAUGACUAUACCUAUUUUACCGUUCUGAACAUCAAUGAUGGCACAGAGACAGUCAAUUUGCAAGAGAGCUUCGAAAAUCUACUCCCCCAGCUAGAAGUUGUCUUGGCCACAAGUCAAUCCAAAUCAAAAGCAGGGGACAUUGUUGAUGUUACUGCUUUAAGUCUGUUGCCAAAGGAGGCCUUGAUACUGCGUACAACCGGCAAGUUAGCUACCGCAUCGGGCUACUACACAUAUUAUACCUCUGGAAACUCCCGUCACAUGCCUGUGAUUGGCAUCUAUACGCUCCUGACUGAAGUGGCAGUGCUUCUGAGUUAUCUCAGCUACUUAGCGGUAUAAGCAUCUCAGAAUCAAUUCUAUUCAGUCAAUUAAAUAUAUACUUAAAAACUGACAAAGCA